CGACUCUAUUUGAAGGCGCGCCUUACUUGGAUGGUUUGGAGCCUCGGUCUUAUAGAAAUCACACCCUCUUCAGAAAGGGUGAGGUUUAGCCCUGUGCCUCUGAAUUUUGGUUCUCAAGAGCAGCGGUUGUAAGUUGACUGACAAAAGGAGAGAGAGAGAGAGAGAGAGAGAGAGAGAGAGAGAUAUGGCUGAGGCUGUGGUCACCUAUUUGCUCUCCAAUUUGGGGGAGUUACUCACAGAUAGAGUACAACUCUAUUGGGGGUUGGAUGAGGAAAUUGACUGGAUCAAGUGUGAGUUUGAGAGUAUACAAGCAUUUCUCAGAGAUGCCGACCAGAGGGCAGCGAGAGAAGAAAGUGUGAAGGUCUGGAUGAAACAAGUAAGAGAUGUGGUCUACGAUGUCGAAGAUGUUCUUGACAAAUUCAGCCUGCGAAGCGCGAAGCAACUCCAAGGGAGCUCAAGAAAUUGGUUAUGUGGUCAUGUCGAAAGAUUCAAGGGAGUCCAAGAGGUUGCGAUCGAGAUACGUAAGAUCAAAGCUCGUAUCGAAGAGAUCUCGAAGCGAAGGUUGCGUUACCAAUUCCAAAUCACACAACAAGAAGCUUCAAGUCCAUGGAAUAGAAAUGGUAAUUCUGCUAGCCCUUCAUUUCCUCUUGUCCCUGAUGUUGAUGGUAUUGUGGGUCUAGACGAAGAUGCAAAAUCCAUCGAGCGAUGGAUUUUAGACGUCGAUUCUCGACUCACUUUGAUUUCCUUUGCUGGAAUGGGUGGUAUAGGGAAGACCACUCUUGCUAAGAAAGUUUACAAUAGUGAGCAAAUUAAGAGAUCCUUUGAAUGCCAAGGUUGGGUCCAUGUGUCCCAAUCCUUUCAUGUGUGGGAUCUCUUACAGGAGAUGGUAAAAGGAAUCAUGGGGUCUUCAAUUGAGCUUGAGAAUAUGAACGAAGGGGAACUUGCAAGGAAAUUGUAUGAUCACUUAGAAGAUAAGAGAUACAUCAUUGUUCUAGAUGAUGUAUGGGACACAGAAGUAUGGGAAAGGGUGAGAAUUGCAUUACCUGAAGGGCACCAGGGAAGCCGAGUAAUCCUCACGACUCGCAAGAUGGAUGUAGCCACACCAGGUGGCAUCACGAACCGGGUUCACGCCCUCCGAGUCUUAUCUGAUGAAGAAAGUUGGAUGCUCUUUUGUAAAAAGGCAUUCCAAGCAACUGGUUUUAGAAGUUGUCCUCCAAAUUUACAAGGUAUUGGGGACAGUAUUGUGAAGAAAUGCAGGGGCUUGCCGCUCGCCAUUGUUGUCAUGGGAGCUCUUUUGUCAAGGAAGCCUCCUACAGAGAGAGAAUGGCAAAAGGUUCUUGAGAACCAUAAUUGGGAGACACAAGCUGGUGGCCAAGUACUCCCGGCCUUGUCUUUGAGCUACCAAGAUUUACCAUUUUACCUCAAGUCCUGUUUCAAGCACUCUGGUAUUUUCCCAGAAGAUUUUGAGAUUCCUAAGACGCGGUUAAUUCGACUAUGGGUAGCCGAAGGAUUCAUAGAGGCAAAACAUGGGGAAACAAUGGAGGAUUUGGCUGAGGGUUACCUUGAGGAUCUUGUUAGCAGAAGCAUGUUACAAGUAGGAAGGUUGAGCUCUACUGGACGCAUAAAAACAUGUCUAAUCCAUGAUUUACUGCGUGAGCUCUCUGUACAUUUUGCCGAGAAGGAGAACUUCUCAUGUGUUUGUGAACAAAGAGAAUUGAAUAUUCCCCCAAAGACUCGUCGCAUCUCGAUGCAACAAGGUUGUGAAAAUUUCCCCUUAAACAUUAAUUCCUUGUACAUUCGGUCCCUACUAGUGUUUGGCAAGUGCGAGGGUUCUUCCAAAAUUGCAGACCUCUUGGCUCAAGGUACAAAACUUUUGAGGGUUUUGGAUCUUGAAGGUCUGCAUAUCCAGAGCUUGCCAAAUGAACUUGGAAACCUUAUUCAUCUAAGGUACUUGGGUCUAAGGAAGACCAAGAUCAAAAAGUUCCCUGAUUCACUGAGUAAACUUUCUACAUUGCAAACUCUUGAUCUUAGGGAAACAUACUUGGAACUGAUGCCUAGUUCAUUAUUCAAUGCGAAAUGUUUGAGGCAUCUUCAACUGCCUUAUAUGGAUAAGCAAAUGAAAGGGGUCCAUGAAAUAUGCAAUACACCAAGCAUUCUAACCCUAACAGGGCUAUACAGCUCCAUUGCUCUCUGUGAAAGGUUGGGCAUGUUAACCCAAUUGAGAAAAUUGGGACUCAAUGGAGUCGGAAGAGAUCACGAAAUGAAGCUAUGCAGCUCUCUCAAUAAAUUAGAUGAUCUCUACUCCUUGACACUCUACGGAGCCAAUGACAAAACGGUGCUUCAAUUGAAAGGCUUCUCACCUCCUAGGUUUCUCACGAAGCUGAGCAUAGUGGGUGUCCUAGAAAAGCUACCUGAGUGGUCCAAUUCCCUUCAUUAUCUCACCAAGCUCACACUGGUUAAGUCCAAGCUUAGUGACGAUCCCUUUGUUACCCUUGAACACUUGCCGGAGUUGCGAAUUCUUUCAUUGCUUCAAGGUUCAUUUGUGGGUAAAGUAAUUAAGUGCUCAAAUGGGGGGUUCCCAAAUCUUCAAUCCUUGAAGCUCUGGGGCUUGUCAAAGUUAGAGGUUUGGAAGUUAGAGGUGGGAGCCAUUCCAUGCCUCACAAGUGUGAGUAUUUACAACUGCCCUAAUUUCAAAAUGCUUCCUGAAGGGUUGCAACAAGUUAGUACAUUGAGAGAGUUGCAUCUCAUAGGUAUGCCUGAAAAAUUUAAGGCCAAAGUAAGAAACAAUAGAAGCCAAGAUUGGUACAAAGUCAAGAACAUUUCUUCUUUGAAUUUCUCUUGAGGAUUAUUUUAUUUUUCUGAAGGAAAUCCUUGUAACAGACGCAUCAUAUAAUAUGCUCUAUUGCUUUGUUCUAGCAA